CAGCUUGUUUUCUGGCCUUGUUGCGACCGCGGACAGACAGAAGCAAGUGGACCGGGUAGAAGCUAAGCUAAUUCAGUCAUUUUAAAGCAAGUUAUUGUUUAUUUUUUCGCGGGUUUCAUGUUCAGCACAUGCGUGGAUCCGUUUUCGAAAAAUAAAUAACAUUUGCAAACAGUCUCGCUGCUUGGCUAACAAGCAGAAUUGCAUGUUUAUUUAGAUAAACCGCCUCUGUGCUGUUAGCUUGUUAGGUAGCGGGAAGGCGCCACUUCUGUUUGACAACAGCGCUAUUCGCUCACGUUCCCGGUGUUGUUUUUUGUAGCGGUUCUCUUAACUGGCUUAUUUCCGUUAGCUUCGAGCAGCAACGUGCGAAAUCUCACACUGGUUUAGAAAUAAGUUAGCAUGGCAGAAUUCCUCGAAGAUCCGUCGGUUCUCACUAAAGAUAAGCUGAAGAACGAGCUUACAGCAAACAAUGUGCCCCUUCCCAGCGGAGAUCACAAGAAAGAAGUGUACGUGCAGCUGUAUCUCAAAAACCUGACCAUACUGAACAACAAGAAGAGUCCGCCUUCAGAUACCUUCUCCAGCGAUGAGGAGCUACCUGCUCCUGUGGUGUCCAACAAAAGCCGCUCUGGAAGAAAAGCCACCAAAAAGACAGAUAAGCCUCGCACAGAGGAAGUGGAGGUGACAGAUCUCGCAGAUGAAGAUUUAAAACAGCAGCUGGCAAAGCAUGGUGUGGAGUCGGGACCCAUUGUCGCUUCUACUCGUAAGGUAUAUGAGAAGAAGCUGCAGAAGCUUUUGGAUGAGCCUGCAGCUGAACCUGAAGCUCCUACAGAUGUCACAACUAUCCCCAAGGCAGACAGUAACCAGAACGGCAACACAAAUUCUGACCAGUACAGUGACAAAGAAGAUGAAGAGAUUGCUGCCCCUGAACCAGAGCCAGUUCCUGUGGUAGAGAAGCCUGUGAGAAGCAGAGGGAAAGCUCCUGUCACUGUCCGGACCAGCAGCAGACGGCAAACCAAGGUAGUGGAGGAGAUUGUUAUUGAGGAGACCCCCAAAAAGGCCAGCGAGAGUGUGGUUGAAGAUAUCCUUGCCAAUGAAAUAAGCACACCCACAGGCAUUAGCGCAACAUGCAGACGUCCAAUCAGAGGGGCAGCUGGUCGACCCAUAAAACCAAGUGAAUACUGGUUGGAUGAGUCCCAAGUGCAGCACAGCGUCCACACCGAAAGCCGCAAUUACUCCGAGUCCAAAUCCCGACCGAGCGGCUCCGUCUCCUCAAGCAAAGCACCUGUCCGACGAGGCUUUCUGUCAGUGUUGUUCAAGCUUCUGCUUCUUGUCGUGGUGGGCGGCUCGCUCUACUACGUCUACCAGAACCUGGAUUCAGAUCAGAUCAACACCCUUAAAGGCCUCCUGGACAGCGUGAUUGUCCCACUCCAAAGUGCAACAGAGAAGGCAGCCACCUACCUGGGCAUGGGUAGCAGCGACGCCGCAAAGAGCACCGGCAAUUAAAGACCCUCAGCAGUCCCUCGCCAUGCCCACACCUCCUCCCUGCCACAGCCCACCGCAACCCAAGCAGUAAACAGGGAUCACAUCUUCUUUUCUUAUAUAUUUUGAUGAAGACACAGAUUUAAAAGAAACAGUAAACACUUUUGUUGCCUGACUCCAGCUUUCCUCUGACUACAAGAGGGAGGUAUCCUCAGACAGUAGCUUCUGGAUCAUCCUGUUAUGUGGAGUCAAAAUAGACUCAUUUUAAUGUUGAUUUUAUUCUGUGAAUUGUUUGUGUCUUUGUGUGUAUUAACCCUUAUAUGUAGAAAUGAGUGUGGAAAAGGAGAGGCCAGUUUAUCCGUGCAUGGUUGUAGUUUUUAACAGUCAUACUGUAGUUUUAUCUAACGCUCUGUGCCAGGUGUUUUUCUGAUGAAGUGCCUGGACACUUGUUAGCACUUAGUGCCCUCCCGUUUAUUUUAUAUUCAUGCACAAAGCAGCGCUUCUACUAAUACCAGUACUGGAAUGUGUCCAAGUUUUCAUAUAGAUUUCAAAAAUUGCUUUGUAGCUUUAGAGGUAGCUAGAGUGAUUCAUUAUUUCAAUGGUGCUCAGGUUGAUUCAGCUCAAACUUUUUUUUUUCUUUUUUUUUUACUGUGGUCUGUGGUGGGAGGAGACGUCAUGUAAUCAGGACACAUCACUGCAUGAGGAAAAUCAGCUGAUUCAAAAAAAAAAUCUUUUCUCUCUCUUUCAGUGGCCGAUCACUGCUCAGAUAAACUCACAUGGAGCUCUGCAAUUAUGAAUUAAAGUACAAUUAAAUCUUCAUUUAACUGACGGUAAAUUGAGGUAGAAAACUUUGACGUGUUAAAGUUUCUCAGACAACUUCACAAGUGAAAGAGCUGUUUAAUGUUGAUUAGUUGUCAUGUAUUUCAGAAAAAGCCCUUUGAGGUAACUUAAAUUGCAUUUAAUUUUUUUUUUUUUUUUUUUUUUUCCUUCUUUAUUUUCUUUAUCCAUCCCUACAAGUAUGCCCAUUUGAGUUUACAUGCGCAGGGUUUUAGUGCUCUGUUGUGCUUUUCCUUUUAUUUGAAUUUGUGGGUUUGUUUUGUAAGAUUUCUGAUCCUUCAGUCCUCCAAACAGGACUGGCUGUUGCAGUGCACCCACAUAGCCCGCCUCACGGACUGCAUACGUCCAGACAUGGAAGAUCUGCAAAGAAGACACAGAGAACGUAAAUCCUUUUUGAGACAGUUCACCUGGUUUAUUUUUAACAGUGCGACACAUCUGCCUGGGCAAAAUUACAUCAAAAAGGCUUCUCUGAGUCGGGUUGGUUACCUGCUAGAAGCGAGGAUGCGUUCGCUGGUGGCGACGAUGGGUUGGAAAGAUUUCUGUGGAGGUUUUGUUUCAAUUUUGAUAUUUUUCUAAAGUGGUGUUCAACUUUUUAUAGCAUAUUUUAAGAUAACAUUUUAAAGCAAUAUGUGAUACAUGGAACUAAUACUGUAUCUUAAUCUGAAUUUUGCUGACUUAAUCCAAGUGAUUCAUCAUCAGGCAGCUCUCCCACAAUGGACAGAAAUGACAGGGGUUAUGUGGGUAAGGAUUUUUAAUCUGUUUAUUUAUGAUGUAGGCUGUGUAUCAUAAAAUAAACUUGGGUGUCACCA